AUGCGCAGAACGGGACUGAACUCUGCAAACUGGCGCCAAGCUCCGGCAUGUCCAGAGCGUCGAGCAGCACGACGUCUCCAUUCCGAAUGGACCGCUGACGUCACCAAUGUGUGACCGCUGACGUCACCAAUGUGUGACCGUUGACCCGGAGCCGCGCACAGUUCUCACAAAAGGCCGUCCUCGUUCGCUCCACGCGAGCGCGAUGCCUUCACUCACCCUGAGCGGAGUCACGGUGAACUUCCCGUUUCCUCCAUAUGACUGCCAGAAGGACUACAUGGGCAAAGUGAUGGAGUGUCUCCAGAAGAAGGCCAAUGGGGUUCUGGAGAGUCCCACAGGUACUGGUAAGACCCUGUGCCUGCUGUGUGCCACCCUGGCCUGGAGGGAGCACUUCAAGGACACCAUCUCUGCCCGCAAGAUAGCAGAGAAGUUAGGCGGAGGGGAGAUGUUCCCCAACACACCCAUUGCAUCCUGGGGGACGGCUGCUACAGACGGGGCCACACCAACCUACUACACGGAUGUUCCCAAGAUCAUAUACGCUUCCAGGACUCAUUCUCAGCUGGCACAGGUCAUCAGUGAGCUGAAGAACACCUCGUACAGCCCAAAGGUGUGUGUGCUGGGAUCAAGAGAGCAGCUGUGUAUCAACCAGGAAGUGAUGCGCCAGGAGAGCCACCACGCCAAGGUCCACAUGUGCAGAGGAAAGGUUUCCACCAGGUCGUGUGUCUUCUACAAUAACGUGGAAGAGAAGAGCACUGACAGAGAUCUGGUGAAGUCCAUCCUGGACGUCGAGGACUUGGUCAAAUUCGGCAACAAACAGAGGGUCUGUCCUUACUACCUGUCCCGGUCCCUGAAGCAGCAAGCAGACGUCAUCUUUAUGCCUUACAACUACCUGCUGGAUCCAAAGAGCCGCAAAGCUCACAAUAUCGAGCUAAACGGAGCCGUGGUCAUCUUUGAUGAAGCUCACAAUGUGGAGAAGACGUGUGAAGAAUCCACAUCAUUUGACCUCACUCCCUAUGAUGUCGCCUCAGCCAUCAGUGCUGUGGACCGGCUGCUGGUGGAGCAGGCUAAAGAAGACACCGUCUCAGAAGACUUCAAUGUUGAGGGCCUCAGCUCAGGUUUAAAAGUAAAUCUAGAGACCAUCGCUACGGUCAAGCAGAUUCUGCUGGAUCUGGAGGCUGCUGUUGACGCCUAUGAUGUUCCAAGUGAAAAGGGCAUCACGAAACCUGGAAUCUUCAUCUAUGAGCUGUUGGAGAGAGUCCACCUGACCUACAACAGCAAGACGGCUGUCUCUGAAGCUCUGGAGCAGAUCAUUGGACACUUAACAGGACAGUCAGGAAUAUUCCUGAACACUACUGGACUGCAGAAGCUGGCUGACAUCAUACAGCUGGUGUUCUGUGGUGAACCUUCAGAGAAGGAUCGACUACAGCAGAUGCAGUCCAACACGGCUCAUUUUAAGGUUCAUAUCCAUCGAGACAAAAGCUAUCAAAAGAAACCACAAAGCACUGAUGUGUGGGCUUCCUCUUCAUCAAAGAAACAAGGUAACAUCCUGAGUUACUGGUGCUUCUCUCCUGGCUUCAGCAUGCAGGAUCUGGUGGCUCAAGGUGUUCGCUGCAUCAUUCUGACCAGUGGGACCCUCGCUCCCCUCUCCUCAUUCACCUGUGAGAUGAGGAUCCCGUUCUCAGUGAGUCUGGAGAACAGCCAUGUGAUCGAGCGGGACCAGAUCUUUGUUGGCGUCAUUGAGCGAGGCCCAGAUGGCGUGCACUUGAGCUCAGCGUUUGAUAGAAGGUUUCUUCCUGAAAACAUGGCGUCUUUAGGCAACACUGUUGCCAACCUGAGCCGUGUGGUUCCUGAUGGUCUUUUAGUGUUUUUCCCUUCCUUCCCUUUGAUGGAGAAAACCCUUGACUUCUGGAGAACUAACGGACAUGCAGCUCGCAUUGACAGCGUGAAGCCCAUCUUUGUUGAGCCUAAAGGAAAGGGCACCUUUAAUGAGGUUAUUGACGGAUAUUACAACAAAGUCAACGAUCCAACAUCCAAGGGGGGGACAUUCUUUGCUGUGUGUCGAGGCAAGGCUAGUGAGGGUCUGGACUUUGCCGACACCUUUGGUCGGGGUGUCAUCAUCACCGGCCUCCCGUUCCCUCCUAAGAUGGACCCCCGAGUCAUCCUGAAGAUGCAGUUUUUGGAUGAGAUGAGUCGGAAGAAAGCUCCUGGGGUAAAGUACCUGUCUGGACAGGAGUGGUACAAACAGCAGGCUUUCAGAGCUGUGAACCAGGCCAUCGGUAGAGUCAUUCGCCACAAGGACGACUAUGGAGCCAUCUUGCUGUGUGAUCAAAGGUUUAAGGGCUCUGGUGCCCGAGCUCAGCUUCCAUCCUGGGUCCGGCCUUAUGUGCGUCUGUAUGAAAGCUUUGGGAAUGUGAUCCGGGACGUCUCUCAGUUCUUCAGGGUGGCACAGAAGAUGAGGCCCGUGGUAGGGAAGAAGGCUGCAGCACAGUGCUCUGGGACAGGGUGCUCUCCAGACACUUCGUCCUCUGGCUUCCCUUCCUGCUCAUCCUCGCAGAGCUCCCACACCCAGAAGGCCAAAAAGCUGGACGCCCACCUCCCCAGCCUGAAGAGGAGGAGGCUCGAUGAACCCUCUGGAACCAAUGGGAUGGCCAGGAUCUGCAUUGAAUAUGAGAGUGAGAUGCAGGAGAGUCAGAAGAGACCAGCCAACCUGCUGGAUGCUCUGGAGCGAGGGGACCAGUGCGAGGGAGAGGACGAAAAUGUUGUCGUGGGAGAAGAGAAGGCCGACCGCUUGUCCACGCUGUCUCUUCAGUGUGACAAGAGGAUGGACGAUGAAAUGCGGGGAGGAAAACGUAAAAUCAAAUUGGUCCAAGAACAGAAGUCAUGCAGGUCGGAGGACGUCUCUGGGGAAGGUUCACCCAGCAGCAAGGCCAAGAGCUUCCUGGUCCAGAUGAAGUCCCUGAGCCAGAUUAACUUUAACCGCAUCAUGCAGGCUCUGCAGGCCUACAAGAAGGCCGACCACCUGGACCUCCUGCUCACUGAGGCAGCUGUCCUCACCGAGGACGCCAACACCCACGGUCUGCUCCGGGGCCUCUACCAGUUUGUUCGCCCACAUCACAAGAAGAGGUUUGAUGAGAAGUGCCAGCAGCUGACCGGCCAGGGCUGUGGAUACGAACCCAGUCACUCGCUGUCUGUGGACGAUAAGAAAGCCCUGGUGCUGCAGAGCGCUCCAGCCAGUCAGCCUGCUGUGGGUCUGACCUCCUCUACCUGCAGUCAGCUGAAUACACAGCAGCUGAACAAAGGAGGACCCCACCUAAACCAGCAGGGACUAAGAGAACCUCAGACCGCUCCAGCCAGUCAGCCUGCUGUGGGUCUGACCUCCUCUACCUGCAGUCAGCUGAAUACACAGCAGCUGAACAAAGGAGGACCCCACCUAAACCAGCAGGGACUAAGAGAACCUCAGACCGGUUCUGCUUCAAAGACCGACAUCCACUCCGCCUUUCUGGCCGAUGUGAAGAAAGCCAUCGGCGCAGAGAAAUCCGCUCGCCUCUUUCAGGCCAUUAAGAGCUUCAAGAAGACAGACGGCUACGACGCCCUGGUGACCACGGUGGUGAGCUUAUUCACGGAGAGAGACGAGGACUUCAAGCUUCUAAUCAGAUUUGGUCUGUUCAUCCCCACUCGCCAUAAGAAGCAGUACAAAGAGAUGCUGGAUGCUUUGAUAGGUCCGUCCGUCUCUGCUGCUGGAGUUCCUGCUGCAAGUGAAGAACAUCAAAGACCAGGUGAAGAACAUCAAAGACCAGAUGAAGAACAACUCGAUGUAAUCUAGUAUAAUAGAAACGUGUUUGUAUUUCUUUUAUUCUCCUCUAGUGUUGGAGAAGAGCUCAGGGCAUCAAACCUGUUGGCAGUCUAGUCUUAGUUGGUAGUUGCACUGCCCCGGUCCCCAGGGCAAACCUGAUUCAGCCCUAACUAUAAGCACUAUUAAACAGGAAAGUCUUAAGUCUAUUCUUGAAUGAGGUGACUGUGUCUGCCUCCCGGACUGAAAGUGGAAGCUGGUUCCAUAAAAGAGGAGCUUGAUAACUGAAGGCUCUGGCUCCCAUCCUACUUUUUAGGACUCUAGGAACCACAAGUAGCCCCAUAUUUAGUGAGCAGCUCUCUAGUGGGGCAAUAUGGUACUACAAGCUCCUUAAGAUAUGAUGGUGCAUCACCAAUCAAGGCUUUGUAGGUGAGGAGAAGAAUUUUAAAUGUGAUACUUGAUUUUACAGGGAGCCAGUGCAGAGCAGCUAAUACAGGAGUCAUGUGAUCUCUUUUCUUAGUUUUUGUGAGUACACGAGCUGCAGCAUUCUGGAUCAACUGGAGGGAUUUAAGAGACUUAUUAGAGCAGCCUGAUAAUAAGGAGUUACAGUAAUCUAGUCUGGAAGUAACAAACGCGUGAACCAGCUUUUCUGCAUCUUUUUGGGACAAGAUGUGCCUGAUUUUUUAAAUGUUACGUAGAUGAAAUAAUGCAAUCCUUGAGAUUUGCUUAACGUGGGAGUUAAAGGACAAGUCCCGGUCAAAGAUAACGCCGAGAUUCUUUACAGUGGUGUUGGAUGCCAGGGAAAUGCCAUCUACAGAAACCACAUCACCAGAUAAUUGAUCUCUGAGGUGUUCAGGGCCAGUAAAAUAACUUCAGUUUUGUCUGAGUUUAACAUCAGGAAGUUGCAGGUCAUCCAUGUUUUUAUGUCUUUUAAGACAUUCUUGAAUUUUAGCGAGCUGGUUGGUCUCCUCUGGUUUGAUCGAUAGAUAUAAUUGAGUAUCAUCUGCAUAACAAUGAAAGUUUAUGGAGUGUUUCCUGAUAAUGUUGCCAAAAGGAAGCAUAAAAUGUAAAUAAAAUUGGUCCAAGCAC